AUGUCCAACAACACCUCUAUGGAUAAAGCCACGCAGGGCACAUUGCAGAGAGGGAAGGCAUGUCUGCGAUGCCGUAAGCGAAAGAUGAGAUGCGACGGAGCGAAGCCUGCGUGUCAGCAGUGUAUCAAGGCCAAGAAGGGAGAGGCUUGCGAGUAUGAUGACGGAAAAGGGAAAACGAGAACACAGAUCCUUCGCGAAACUGUAGCAAAAUUGGAACAAAGGAUACGGGAUCUUGAAGAUCCUGACUAUGUUGCGUCGUCAGUGAUGUUGUAUGAUCCUCAUACUCAUUGUCACUCGGAGUCGUCUUCGUCUUCGUUCGGCUCACCCGAGAGUUCCUAUCUCUCCGCUUCUCAUUCCCCAUUCCCCUCUGAGUCCCCCGCAUCCCCCCCAGAUUGGUCUCAUGUGCAGGGUAUCGUUUCUCCGAUCCCUUCCCCGUUUGUUACGCCGCUAUUUUUCGAUGACCACCAGCCACCCUUCCAUCCUCCUCCUGAGCUUGGGCAGAUGCUGCUGGAUAUCUUUGCUCCGCAUCGCCGUCAAUGUGGUCUUGCGAUUCAUAUGGGCCAGUUACGGGACAGCCUCAGUCUUGGCCCAAAGCAGCGUCAUCCCGUACUUAUGAACGCCGUCUAUCUUUGGGCUUGUUUUGUCUCUCGACCCGAACCGCUCUGUCAGCACGAAGAACACUACCUUCAACAAGCUCUCAUUGCCCUCCCAGAAGCCCUACGGCUUCAGAACAAGGUCAUUGAUGUCAUUCAGGCGUCUUGUCUUCUUUCACUGUACUUUCUUUCAACUGGACGGCUUUUGGAAGGGGGUUACCAUGCAAAUGCGGCUGCCGCUUUAGCUGUGCAAAUCGGCCUUGGAAGAAAUUCUUUCUUAGAAACUCAAAACUUUUUGUUGAACGGCUGUACGGAGACUGACCUCAAACCUUCCAAAUUUGACAUUCAAGAAGGCGAAAGGAUUUUUACCUUCUGGCAAGUUUAUAAUCUUGACCGCUGCUGGUCAGUCGUGCUUCGAAAGCCUUGCAUCAUUCAAGAUGGUCCCGAUCCAAAAAAUGCCAUUCACUGCCCUUGGCCCCAGGAAAUAGCGGAUUAUGAGAUAGGCUAUAUCGAUUCCAAUAUUAAUCCGAUGCAAACUAUUCAAUCGUUCUUGGCCGGGACUAUGUCCCCCAGCGGUUUUUCUAUUCCUGCUCUGCGAGUCAAGGCUUCAACGUUGUUCGCCCAGGCCGAUCAUCUCUUAACGGAUUUGACACCAGGCACCAAACCUUCUGUGAGGUUCACCGAAAAAAUGCGCAGCCUCGAACACACAAUCACUCUCUUCUUGUCCACCUUGAUUCCUGUCCAUCAACUGGAUGUUGUUCUUCCUGAGGAAAAGCAUAGCUUGAUUGUUGCUCAUACAAUUGCACAGUCGGCGAUCAUCCACAUGCAUCGCCCAUUUGCAGAGGAAGUCACUGUCUCGUUUGAGAAGUGUACUCAAGCUGCAAGAGCUUGUAUAGCUAUCAUCAAGCACAUCACAGAGCAAGAUUUUGGUUUUCUGGAGCCUAUCAUUGCGCCUUGUUGGUGGUCUGUCGCAGACAUUAUUGUCGGGGAACUGGAUACUCUUGAGGCUUCUUGGCCCCUGAUAGAUUGCACCGACGUGCGAAACGACCUGGGAACCCUCCUGUAUGCAAUGACUCGUCUCGCUCCACGCUUUCCAAUCAUUGCGCCUGCUCUUUCGAAGCUCCAGAAGCGGCUGUCUUAG